AUGUGCGCGCCAGCGGCGAAGAUGGCGGACCUGAACAGAUUGAUCGAGAACGGAAGGAAGAGAUGGAAGGAUGCAGAGCAGGGAGUUGAAGAGCUGAGGGUGAGGGUGAGGGUGAGGUGGAGGUACAACACGGGAAGGAUAGACACUCUGAUCAAGAAGCUGCUCGAGGCAGAGUUCGCUAUCCAGCUGCGCUUCGUGGAUGAGCUGAGCGCCCGAGACUCCGUCAGACUGUUGACGCCCGACGGCAAGGAGAUUGCAUACCACCCGGACCUGCAGAACUUCAGGAACGCGCUCGCCCUGAGGGAGAACACGGACAACCUGGUUAUGGCAGCCAGGAAGGCGUACGGCAAGGUCUAG